AUGGCAGAGACAAGCGAUCAGAGUAGUUCUACCCUUUCCACCCAAGGCGAGCCCAGAGAUGUGUAUGAAUAUGAGCCAUUGCCCACCCCCACUUCCAUCAGACUCAUAAAAGUGGAGGGCAAAGACGAAGAUGGAGCAGUCCACGUGCGACUAAAGACCAUCGACUUGAAAGACGCUCCUUGGUUCCACGCCGUCUCAUACACCUGGGGAAACCCACACACUGAGCUACCCCAUGUUCAAGCAGCUCAUGCGGCUUACUCUCAGAAGUACCCACCUGAAUAUCGAGAGUUUAUAGUAGCAAACGGGAAACUUUUAUAUGUUAGCCGAAGCGCCUAUGACAUCCUAGUAUCCGUGCCGAAGGAUGCCUGGGCAAAGCGAUGCAACCAGAGAAAUCCCAAUAACCAACUUCGCGCUAGUAUUCAUUCAGCCUGUAUGGCGAACAAGAAAGAGUACGUUGAGGAGCUGAUCUCCGCCGGAGUUGAUAUAGACGUUCAAGACGAAUAUGGUCGAACUCCGUUGUCCUAUGCCGCGAGACUUGGGAAGCUUGAUUUCGUGGAACUCUUGCUCGCUGCCGGUGCCGAUCUCAACAUCGUUGAUGGGAAUAACAACCGGCCUCUCGAUCAUGCUCGGGAAGGCAGGGCUGAAGAGGUUAUCAAAUGCCUUGAAGAGGCUGAGGAAAGAAGUAAAGCCGAUGGUCCUUCCAUAUCAUGGCCCGAGGGCCCUCAGAUGUGGUGUUGGGUCGACCAGAUCUGUAUUGAUCAGAGCAAUCUCGAAGAGAGAGCUUCACAGGUGUCAAUCAUGGAUCAGAUCUACGAAUGUGCUUCUUACACUCUUAUAUGGCUUGGACUAGAAGACAAUUAUACCGAAGUGGCUGUUGAGACGAUCCAGAAGCUGUAUUCCGCGAAAGGAGAUCUUAUUCAUGCCAAUGAAAUCAUUCCCUACACGCACCAACCCAAGGAGAUAUAUGCCAUAGCUGAUAUUCCAUAUGUGUCGCUAGCAGAGUGGACGGCUCUUGCUACGCUUUUUCUACGGCCAUAUCUCAGAAGACUGUGGGUGAUACAAGAAAACAUUCUUUCCGACACAUGUCUGGGAUAUUGUGGUAGAUUCGAGGUUCCUUGGAGGGCAUUCUGUACAGUUGCCCAACAAAUCUACUUCCGCCAGCUCGUCUUGGGGAGAGUUACUUCAACCGAGUUUAUCGACAUCAACAGUCCCGUGGUGGCUAUAGAGAGUGAAAUUGUGCAUCUGACCCAGUGGAAGGAUCGCCUACAGAAAGGUGAACGAGCUUCUAUGCCCAAAGCCCUCUCUUUAGAGAACCUCCUCUUCGAGACCUGGACCUUUCGCUCCACAGACCCAAGAGACAAGAUAUUCGGACUUUACGGUCUUCUACUCAAAGCUGGACCUGUGCCCUGGAAGCCAGACUACUCGAAAUCCACCGCGCAAAUCUACGCAGAUGCUACAAAAGAAAUAAUCUGGAACGCUGGUGAACUGCGCAUGCUCUCUGCAGUCCUCGACCGCUCACUCCACAACACCCCUAACCUCCCAUCAUGGAUCCCAGACUACAGCGUCCCGUUUGUUAACAUGAUGUGCUCUAACUACAACGCUGCCGGAAAUCUCCCUCACCAGGCCAUCCAACCCAGCCCUUGGAAUGUCCUCACAGUAUCCGGAAUGAAAAUCGACACCGUCCUACAAACAGGAAACACAACUUCCGGACCCAAACAGAUGUCCAUGUUCUUCGACGCACGCUGGUUCGAGCUCGCAUUACUCCUCCCACACCCUUACCACAAUGGCCAGGCCAGAACCGAAGCACUAUGGCGCACUUUAUGCGCGGACCAGAAGAGAGACGGAUCCUUCCCCGCCCCUGCAGCGUACGGGGACUUUUUCCGAAGAAUACUCUGUCGACUUACCUGUGUCAAAGCAGAAGAGACCGCCAGAGCUGCCAAGCAAGAUCCAAAUCUAGUAGUACUUGAGGCAGCUCUAUACCACAUCCGACAAGUUCUAUCAAAUCCACCAAUUUCUGAUCUCUCGCCCGAACAACUUCAACAUACCUUCGGAGACCCAGAUAAAAAUCUCAGCAGCCCUGACCUCCAAACGCUAACUCAUCUUCUCUACAAGCUCCAUUUUCUUGGCGUGGUGGAGGAGGAUCCCUGGACGCCAACUAUUGAUGAAAUCGAGGAGUCUUACCGCAGUACUAAAUGGCAGACAUGGGAGGAGAGCAGUGCUCUUCCGGGCGAUGGUAUCGAGUUUCACGAAGCGCUCCGAAGUAAGCAUGGUAGACGGCGUCUGUUUGUAACCGAGAAGCGAUAUCUCGGGCUUGGUCCUGCAUCGAUGCUUGAUGGAGAUGAGGUUUGGGUUAUACCUGGUGCUGGUGCUGCGUUUAUUCUGAGACCAGUUGAGAAAGGAACGUUCAGUUUGAUUGGUGAAGCGUACGUACAUGGAGUUAUGAAUGGAGAGGCUGUUGGGCAAUGUGAUGCGGAUCUUUCUAGUAUUUAUUUGGUCUAG